GCUCGCUCUCGCAUCCGCUUCGCUUCUGUUCGUGCCCGCUGCUCCGCUCUCGCUUUGCUUUGCCUUUGCUUGCUGGAUCAGCGGUGCGAGAGGCCUACGGCUGAGCUAAUGCCCGCUGGAGAGGAUUUUGUAACCCCGUUUUCAUAAUCUGCAAUCCCCCUGUUUCUCCUGGAUGUUUGGGCUGCAGGACUGUCGCUGGUAGCGUUUUGCAAAUGCGAUCGCCGUUUUCCUUCAGUUCCUUCGUUUCAACCCAGCGCAGCGGGAUUCCUGCGAAUUAACCGGAAGCGAAUCACCUCCUUUAUUGAGUGCCAUUCUCCAUCUCCGAGAUGCACUAGUCCGAACGAUGGUCUCCCUGCUCGUUAUACGGCUGUGGUUGUGUUUAAUUGCACCUUGGCCAUUAAAGUAGUGUUUGGAAAGAUUGGAGGGUAGAGCGCCUAACAGAUUUUUCCUACUGUAUCCCUUUACGAUUGGUUGAUUAUGUGCCAUCAAAUCGUUUUCGACUCCUAAAACACCAGUAUUUAAGAACUGUAUUUACAGUCUACUUUAAGGUUACUGGAUCACGGGAGUGCACACGUGUCCCUUCAGAACAUCACAAUCCUCUAGAAGUGAGUUGAUGGAAUCUGAAGUCUAGGUUGACAAGACACAUCUGUAUCUGGAUUCUGGUGAGAGUGGAAAUGGAGUUUUCAAAACAAAACUGAUCUGGGGAGCCUGGCAGUGGGGAAAUUCCCCAGGAAUGUUGAGUGCUGGCUGGCAGCUUGGACUCCAGCGAAGACAGACACACGGUCUGAAAUGUCGGAUUGGGUUCUCCUGGGACAACUGUAAGCAGCUGAAGACAUGUCAUCGCCACAAAUGACUCAAGGGACUCGCUCCUUCUUUUUCCUGCUCAUAUGGGUUUCUUGCGUAUCCGUGGCAAGCAGUGCCAAAGAUGUGGUUCCAGAGUUAAGCCCUCAGGAGUAUUUUAGCAGCUUGCAAGCAUCUAAAGCAUCGUUGGUUUAUUUUCAGAAGGAUGUUUCACCAUCUAGUGAGGUGUUCCUGGAACAGCUGGAGAACUCCAGAGAAGCUCUCCGAGAUUAUGGAAUUUCUAUUUUAAAGGUUAACUGUCAAAGAGGAGAAGCAUCCAGCUACUGCAGAGGAGAUAACUCCUUGGGAAAAGUAUACCUAUUCAGGGCCCAUGUGUUGGUUCGUGAACUUGCUAUAGAUGCCUUGUUCAGCCUGGAUGCCAUUGUGGCAAAUGUACUUUUUGCUCUCCUCUUCAAUGAAGUGAAAUACGUUUCAACACUAAUGGACCUUCAGCAUUUGGAAAACUCUCUGAAGGGUCGGUCCGAUCUUGCUUUCGCAUAUGUCCAAGCUAUUGGAACAGCAGAGCACCGAGUCUUGAUGGAGGCUGCGUUUGUUUAUGGCUCUGUUAAGUUUGCCUUAACUACUGAAGUGGCACUUCUGAAGAACAUUCGCAGUGGAGAACCAGAUGUACCAUCUUCAAAACUCUUCUUUUGCCACUGUAAGGUGGCCGUGGAUCCAGGACAGCCAUGCCAUAGGACUCCUAUGGAGCAGCCAUUGACCACAUUAAGCAUCCACAAGUUCCUGAAGCUGAUGGGGGAACCCCUGGUGGUGGAGGUUACAGAAGAUCCUGACAAGGUUUCAACUACUCAUCUCCAGCUUGGCCUACCACUGAUUUUCAUUCUGAGCCAGGAAGAGACCUUGGAAGCUGACAAGAGCAUUGCUGAAUUUGUGGCCUGGCAGUUGCUGGGGAAAGCAGGAGUCCUCCUCUUGUCAAGGAAUUCUGUUGGUCUGGAUAUUCCUUCCCGAUAUAAUGUGGCUAUCAAGACAGUUGAGGAGGAUAUGCCUGUUAAAUACCUGAUUUUGAAAGAUGCAGAUGAAAUUGUAGCGUUGGUGAAAAAUGGUGAGCAGAGCAAACCUCAUCUGGAUAAUGAAGAGGAAGUUUAUGAAGAGGAAGAGGAGGGAGUUGAGAAUGAGAACAAUGAACAAGAAAUUCAGGAUGAUGAGGUGGUGGAAUCUGUGGUCAGAAAUCGGAAGUGUGAGCUCCCCCUGGAACAUGUCCAUACCCUGACAGAAGAAUCAUUCCACUCAAUUCUGGCAGAGACCAGUCACACAGCAGUGCUCUUCUAUGCCAGCUGGGAAGCUGUCUCUCUGGUGGUGAUGCAGUCUUUCCUUGAAGUUGCUGCUCGCUUGAAAGGGACUCCUGAGAUUUCACUUGCAAGAGUAAAUUGCUGGGAUUGGCCACAGCUCUGUUUGCAGGAAAAUAUCACCCAGUUUCCUGCCAUGAAGAUGUAUGCAAAAGAGAGGACAUGGCUGGCUUACUCUGGGAUGUGGGAGACCAAGGAGAUGAUGAACUUCAUUGAGCUAAGCAGAAAUUCUUGUCCAGUGAGAUUGAUGACGCCUGAAGAAGUAGAAGAAUAUUUAAGUGACAAAACCUCGUCACACCGCAUGGUUUCUGUUCUGGGAAUAUUUGACUCAAGGAUGAGUGAAGGUAAAUCCAUUCCCUGGUUAUUUCAAACAUUAUUGCAAAACACAGAUGUUGCUGAAAGUAACAAUACUUUGUAAUGCCUUGUGACUGUAGAACAAAGUUUAUGCCGGGAUCUUUCACAAGAAACCUCUAGGCAGGGCAGCGGCCCUAUUAUGCAAGAUUACUGCUUCACUUUGGGGGCCAGGUUCAGGGGGGAGAACUUUUUUCU